AGUACCGUAUGCCAUACGUAAAAAGUUCUAGAGAGAGAUAGUGUGUGAGAGAGGGAGUAGAGUAUUUGAGAAGCUCUCUGGUUCUCUGAUUUUGAUGCAAGUAAGGGAGAGAGAGGAGAGAUGAGAGAGAGAGGAGUACUGCACAAGUUUCAUUGACACAAACAGAGAGGGGCCUUGUCAAAACAUUACUCCUAUUUUACUGCAUUUGGGGUACUCUCUAAACAUCAUCUAUGUGAAGUUUCAAGAGGAGAAAACCAGGUAGGGGCUUUUGGUGUUUUCAAGAAGGAUUGGGGUUUGGGGACAAUGCUUAGGAAGAGGACCAGAUCACAACAGAAAGAUCAACACAUGGGUCACUUAGUGUCUGAUGCAAUUUCUGAGUCCUAUGUCCAAUCUGAUGCUUUGGAGCAGAAACACAAAACCAAUUCUUUUUUCAAUGCCCCUAGUCUCUUUGUAGGGCUCCUUCCUAAGGGUUCAGAAUUUGAUUCAGCUAGAAGCCCCACCUCUCCAUUAGAUUUUAGGGUGUUCACAAAUCUAGGCAGUCCCUUCAGGUCUCCAAGAUCAGUCCACGAGGGGCAUCAGAAGAGCUGGGAUUGCAGCAAAGUAGGCCUGAGCAUUAUAGAUUCUCUUAAUGACGACAAACAACAAUUGGGGAAGGUUCUCCGAUCAUCGGAUAGUAAGAAUAUUCUUUUUGGUCCACAGAUGAGUGUUAAAACCCCAAAUUUUCGAAACCGUAUAGAUUCUUUUGAGGCACCUAAGUCACUGCCUAAAAAUUAUGCAAUUUUUCCUUUCACCCAGAUCAAACAUUCCAAUCUUCAAAUGGGCAAUUCUGAUGUUCUGUUUAAACUUGGAGAAAUCCCAUUUGGAACUGAGCCUUUUGGGGCAAUCCGGUCUUGUUCGUUGGAUUCAGGAAGGACUGGGUCGCAUCUAGCUAGUUUAACAAACCAUAGCACCAAUUCGAGUUCUGGGUAUUUUCAUUCUGAAAAUGGAAAAAACCCAGUAAGUUCACCUCCACAAUCCAUUGGAGGGAGCAAAAAUUUAGGCAAUUCUUCAGGUACAGGACUUAAUUCGAUACCGAAAUCUAUUACUAGCUCUGGUUUUAUUGGGCCUCUCUCAGCAAGUGAGAUUGAGCUUUCUGAGGAUUAUACUUGUGUCAGAACACAUGGUCCCAACCCCAAAACAAUUCAUAUUUUUGGUGACUGCAUUUUGGAAUGUGACAACUAUGACUUAGCCAAAUUUUCCAAGAAAGAAGAAAAUGAGAUUGAUAUGUCUCCGGCAAUGGCUGUUGAACCCUCUGAAAUACCCGUUCCACAUCCCUGUAAUGAUUUCUUGAGCUUCUGUUACACUUGCAAGAAGAAACUGGAUGGGGAAGAUAUCUACAUGUACAGAGGGGAGAAAGCAUUUUGCAGUUGGAGUUGCCGAGCAGAGGAGAUUUUGAUUGAGGAGGCAAUGGAGAAAAACAUCAACAACGUUUCUCCCAAAAACUCUCCCAUAUCAAAUGAUUGUGAGGAACUUUUUGGAUCUGGCAUGUUCAUUGCUGCAUAAUGCGCUGUGAUUGCAUUACCUUAGCCACUAUGCCCAUGAUCAAUGAAACCAUCACAAAGGUUGACACACCUGAUCAUUUGUUUACCAAGAGCUGUUUAUGUGCAUCUGUCAGCAGCCAGGAACGAUCAUUGUGUACGUUGUCCCUCCUGCUGAUCGGUGUUUCAUCUUUCAUGGUCUUAGUGGAAAAUGGUUGCAAUCGGCGAGUUUUGUUCUCAUUAUUUUGACAUUGAUAUAUAAAUGUUAAAUCUUCUAUUGCUUUAGUAUUUAACUGAAAAGGGUGGCAGCCUGGCUCCCAUUUUUUCACCUGUUCUCCUUUUUGGCAGGAGCUAAUGUAUAAGCCUCCGACCGAAACAAGUUUUUGACUGAAUAUAAAUUUCCCAAUACAA